AUGGAUAAGAAUGACUUAGGAGAUAGAGUUCCCAGUGUAAAAUUCGACACAAGUAGCACGAACUCGCAAGAUCUAAAAGAGAAACUUAACAAGGAGCGCGCCGCCCGCGAGUCCCUUAAGCACAUGGUUGCCACGGCGGAGGGCUUGCUGCGCACGGCGCGCGGGCGCAUCACGGUGCUGGAGCGCGAGCUCAAGACCACGCAGAAGCAGAUGCAGGAUACCGCGCGCAAGAACAAGGAAUACGAGUUACUCCAUCGUUCUCGUCAGACUAGCUAUGGCGUGCGUUCCAAGAAAUUAAUGGAAGAGUCUAAAACUGGAGAAGUAACUAUCGAGAUGUUGACCCUACAACGGAACGCACUAGAAUUAAGGGUCACAGAGCUACAAGAGCAAAUCAAGUCGAUGAGCGAGGGUUACGAGGAUCACGAGUUGAAGCACCAGAGCAACUUGGACCGGCUACAGGAGAAGUUGGAUGAGCAGAAAGAACAUAGGAUAAGAGCAGAGGCUCGUGUGAUGGAUCUAGAAAAACGGAUAAAAGAUAUACACGACGAAAACAGACAACUCUUGGAACAAUCGGAUAGACUUGUGAAAAUGAGUAGCGAGAAGUGCCUCGAUUACCUGCCGGGCAAAGAAAAUGAACCUUCACUAACCGAAGCGGAGUUAUGGAAGGAGAUAGAAGAUACCAAAACUAGACUAGAACAAGUCACAGCUGAGCUAAAACGGAGUCGUGAAGACAAGGAAAGCUUAUUAAAGUCCUUGGCCAAAAUAGCGCAAGAAGGCUCCGAGAAUAACUUAGCUAACGAACUGUUACUGAGGGAGGAAAAAAAUUUUAAACUCCAACAGGUUAUUGAAGAACUAAAACAAACGAUUAAGUCAAUGAAUGAAAACUUAACACAAAAAGACCGUCAGAUUAUUUCACUGAAUAUCGAAGUCUCGCGAAAAGAUUAUUACGAGUGUUGUAGUAAGACUACCCACGAUAACCACGAUCUUACUUUAGAGAUACACAACGAGUGA